UCUUACAUCCACCACAAUAAAUCAUAUUCAGCAAACCAAGAAAAAAAAAGAUGAACUUCCUCUCCGAUCAGGUAAAGAAAUUCUCCGACUCCAAACCAGAGGAGCCAGACCACAACAAGCCCGCGGAAGGAACCGAAACAACCAACAGACCAGCUUCAUCCUCCGAGCUCAUGGCUAGUGCCAAGGUCGUAGCCGAAGCUGCUCAAGCCGCUGCUCGUAACGAGUCAGACAAACUCGACAAGGCUAAAGUCGCUGGAGCCAGCGCUGAUAUCUUAGAUGCCGCCCAGAAAUACGGAAAGCUGGAUGAGAAGAGCGGCGCUGGUCAGUACAUAGAGAAGGCCGAGAAGUAUCUAAACGAUUUCGAGUCCUCACAUUCCUCCGGCGCCGCCGGUACUCCUCCCCCGGCUGCCGGUGCUCCUCCUCCGGCAAGUCAGGCUGAACCGGAAGCUAAGAAGCCCGAAGAGGAGUCUGGUGGUGGCUUGGGAGGUUAUGCUAAGAUGGCUCAAGGUUUCAUGAAGUGAUUAUUGUUCUUUGUUAAUUGUUAUUAUAUCGUGGAUUAAUAAAUUUAAAUAAGUACGUACGUUUAGUAUGGAAUAUAAAACUAAAUAACUAAGUACCUAAGAAAUCAUGAUGUAUCGUUUUAGUAUGGGGAGCGGAUGUAAUCUAUCUUUGUCAUUGUUAUGUCUUUUUAAUCUAUCUAUAUUUGUUGUGAUGUA